CCAUUACAGGUACUGUUACAGAGUAGAUAGUUGUAGUUGUUGGUUGUUGAAGCGUGGAAGGGGGAAAAAAUGGCUGCGGUGCCGGAAAACCUAAACAGAGAACAAUACGUGUACCUUGCGAAGUUGUCGGAGCAAGCGGAGAGGUACGAGGAGAUGGUGGAGUUCAUGCAGAAGGUGGUGGUGGGGUGGACCCCAGCUUCGGAAUUGAGUGUGGAGGAGAGGAACCUGUUGUCUGUGGCCUACAAAAACGUGAUCGGGUCUCAGCGAGCGGCGUGGAGGAUUGUGUCUUCCAUUGAACAGAAGGAAGAGGGUCGCAAGAACGAUGACCACGUGGCACUUGUCAAGGAAUAUAGAUCCAAGGUGGAGAAUGAGCUGACUCAGGUUUGUGCUAGUAUCCUCAAACUCUUGGAGUCCAAUCUUGUUCCCUCUGCCUCCGCUAGCGAGUCCAAGGUUUUCUAUUUGAAAAUGAAAGGCGAUUAUCAUCGCUAUUUAGCAGAGUUUAAGGUUGGGGAUGAGAGGAAAACCGCUGCUGAGGAUACGAUGUUGUCUUACAAGGCUGCCCAGGAUAUUGCUUAUGUGGAUCUUCCCCCUACUCACCCCAUAAGACUGGGUCUGGCUCUUAAUUUCUCUGUCUUCUAUUAUGAAAUUCUCAACCAGUCUGAUAAAGCAUGUGGGAUGGCUAAACAGGCUUUUGAGGAAGCAAUUGCUGAGCUGGACACCUUGGGAGAAGAAUCCUACAAAGACAGCACUCUCAUAAUGCAACUUCUAAGAGACAACCUCACCCUUUGGACUUCUGAUGUCCAGGACCAGCUAGAUGAGCCCUGAUAUCCAUUAUAAGGUUGAUGGGUGGUAUUCUUCCUCUGAAGGAGGUGGGCUUUGAAUGUCAUUUCUUUGUGCUAAUUAAGAAUCGCCCUAGUUUAUAAAAAGAUUCACAAUCUGUGAUAUAAUGCUGUAUGAACAGAAGACCAACCCUUUUUUUUCUGUGUCAUAUGAUUUGGAAAGGAUACUGUAUAAUGGGAUAUCCAAUUAAUUAUAUCUGUUGCAAUCAUCCCUUUACCCCCAGUUUUUUGUGUUGCUUCCACAGUUCACAACAAAUAGGGUCGUGGGUCCUAUUUUAAAUUAUGGGUCAGCCCUCAUUCUAGCUUGUGUGGUCCUAUAAGAACUAGAAGUGUGAUUGUAGCCGCAUUAUUCUCUCAUGGAAGCAACAUUUUUCAUUACAGCCAUAAUGGCGCAUAAAUCAUCCGUCGUACACGCUAUGAUGCUGACAGAUAUAUGUUGUUAACAUAAAUAUCAAACUUAUUCAAUG